CGCGGACACGUUACGGUUAACGUUGUUAUAUGUUUACACAUGACGAACUAUCAUUUUAGUAAUAAACUUUAUAAAUAGUGUUUAAGUGGGAGUUUAAACUUAUAUUGUAGUGUUAUAAGUGGUGUUUUAGUGAUAAAAUGAGUGCAAGAAGUGUUUUUGUGUUUGUGAUUUUGUGUUGUGUAAACAUCCGGGCUCUGUGGCAGACGGAAAUGCCUUCUUUAUUACCGGGUAUAGUGGACCCUUCGGAUAUAUAUCCGGAAGGACCUCCUUCUCCUGAUGGAGUGCCAGCCGAUUACAGUGAUUUUCACCAUCCUGUGAACUCACCUUCUCAUGGUAUGCCGUCUAUUGUGCUACCUGGUGAUUAUCCUGAGGAUUUCGAUAAUCCGUAUGGGUCCAAACCUGAAUAUGUAGAUGACCCUGGGCCUGGGCCAGACUUACAGCAUCCAGUACAGCAUGCAGGUCUUCCGCGGAAGCUGGAGGUCUUCCCUCUACCACGGAAGGCAGAACAUGAGCUCAAGUUUAAUGUAUCGUGGAUACCUUCCUUAGGACCACCCGCAACGGACUAUUCUUUAGAAGUACGAAGCGUGACAGACACGAUAGACUGUCGGUCACAAAUGUGUUAUGAAUACAACAUUCCUGGGCCAAUGACUUGGUGGGUGAUCCCAUCAGUCACAAACCCCGUAGAUGAGCAGUGUGCCAUUCGCCCCGGUUGUGCCUACAUGGUGAGACUAAUCGCACAUCCCUGGGAUGGACACACCUCGGCUAAUAUGCAUGUAGAACUAGAUGAAUGCGUGGUAGGAGUAUGCUCGUGUGCUUACCGUCUCCGUCUUCCUGAACCUUCGGUUACUGCUCAGACAGUUACAAUUAAAGGAGAAAUGUACGCCAAUAUAAGCUGGACUCUGCCCAAACCCAGCUUUCCACAAAGACUGCCGUCCCCUAAGCUGGGCAAGAAAAGCUAUGUUGUCAGUCUGGGCAAGCAGAUGGUGUCAGACGCUCACCCAGCUCCUUGGUUCGCGAAUAUGAUCGCUCGUACCGUGGACGCCGACGGCCUAGUAGCACAGGGUGACACCACUCAUUACCUUCUCCUACCAGCCAGCGAGCUCAGUGCUGAACGUAGCGAUGAGCGGAGCGGGGACGAUGAACGGAGAAAACGGCCGCGACACUUCCCGCCUAAAGUUAAAUUGUUAGCUAGAGUCAGUUUGAUAGAUGAGAGAGGAUGUAAUGGGCCUGCUGGAAACGCUACCGCUUAUGAUCCUGCGGCAGCGGCGGCAGCCUCGAGCAAAUUUUCUUUUGGAACCUAUGCGAUCCUAGGCGCCUUACUCGGUGCUUGGGCGAUGGGUGCAGUGUUCGUUUUAAGCGCUCGCGUCGUAAAACGCGUACUGAAAUCAUUCCGCCCCGCUCCUGUCUCCGCUCCGCUUGAGCCACUGCGUCGUAGGCCUGCCUGGUUCCCGCUGCAGCUGCGUGGGAAUAAUGAAAUACCGGCGCGAGGUCAGAUGGAAGAGAGUCCAUUGUACACACAGAAAGAAUUUGAGAUUGAAGAUGAAGCUGAUGAAUGGGAAGUAAGCAGGUCUAGAGUGCACCUAGGAGCUCUGAUAGGCAGUGGAGCCUUCGGCAGAGUGCAUGCCGCCCAGUUAGACAUGCCUGGAGGAGAGACCAUCACGGUAGCUGCCAAAAUGCUCACAGAGGAAGUGUCAGAGGAAGAAAUGCAGGACUUCCUACGAGAGAUCGAAAUGCUCAAACAUGUUGGUUCACAUAAGCAUGUUAUUAGACUAAUAGCUUGUUGCACCAGACGGGCGCCGCUUAUAGCGCUCUUAGAACACGCACCAAGAGGGGAUCUUCUCUCACUUCUCAGAGCUGCAAGAGGAAGAAAGAAAGAUAAUCAACUCUCCAACACUACAAGAAGAGUCGACAGUUCACAAGGAAGACCUUCUGAAGGAGAUUCUGAAUACACGAAUCUUAGUGAUUCAGAUCCCGCUUUAUCGGAAGGCGAUGGCAAAUUGUAUGUAGACAGUGAUAAGAAAAGGGACCAUUAUGUAGCUGAGCCUGCUCUACAGUUAGAUGGCAGCACUAUGAGAGAAUAUGCACUGCAAGUUGCUUUGGGUAUGAGGCAUUUGGAGGAAAGAGGAAUUACGCACAGGGACCUGGCAGCCCGGAACAUAUUAGUAGACGGUUCUGGUCUACUAAAGGUAGCAGACUUUGGUCUCUCAAGGUCGGGAGUGUACGUCCACACGAGAGCCAGACCUGUGCCCCUUCGAUGGCUGGCUCCAGAAGCCAUCUUGCAUUCCCAAUAUUGCAGUGCUAGUGACGUGUGGGCUUUCGCUGUUUUGCUGUGGGAAAUUGCAACCUUAGGUGGCUUCCCAUACGCUGAGCUGAGCAAUCACCAAGUUCCUCCGUUCCUGGCCGGUGGAGGCCGUCUCCCGAAGCCAGUUAGAGCUUCGACCAGACUCUACCAGCUCAUGGUCGAAUGUUGGUCUGAGAACCCAACAGACAGACCCACAUUCGCAAAUAUUGUGGAAAAAUUGACAGUCCAGAAACAAUUAUACGUGGAUUUGGACUGCGUUUUUCCACCUUCAGAAGAAGAACUCGGAUUGAAAGACUUUGAUUUCAACAUGGCUGACACAAAUGGUUAUCCCUAUCGGUGAUUAGUCAUCGUUACACUAAAGACUGAAUAUUUUUAAAUGUUAUAAUUAUCACCCUAUUUGCACA